AAAAGAGGCUACAUUUCGCAAUUCUCCACCGUUGUUAGAAAAAAAAUAUCUGAUAGCAACAAAGCGCCACCACACCUCCUCCAUGAGCGCCGCCAGGGGGGUUUUAAAUUGAUCAUAAUCCAGGAGCGCCGCCAUGAGCCUGGAAGACUCCCUAAGAUCCCUUUCUCUAGAUUACCUUAAUCUCCUCAUCAACGGCCAGGCCUUCAGCGAUGUCACCUUCAGCGUGGAGGGCCGUCUCGUCCACGCCCACCGCUGCAUCUUAGCCGCUAGGAGCUUGUUUUUCAGGAAGUUCUUUUGUGGCCCGGAGCCGCAUGGACUCGAUCUCCUGAGCCCCGUUGGGUCGCCGCCGCUGCCGUCUCCGCCGUCCAGGGCGGCUACUUCCCAAGUAAUUCCCGUGAACUCGGUGGGGUACGAGGUGUUUUUGUUGGUGUUGCAAUUUUUGUACAGUGGACAGGUUUCGAUCGUGCCGCAGAAGCAAGAGCCGAGGCCUAAUUGCGGCGAUAGAGGGUGCUGGCACACGCAUUGCUCCUCCGCCGUUCAUCUUGCUCUUGACACUCUCUCCGCCGCUAGAGCCUUCGGCGUUGAACAGCUCGCUUUGCUCACUCAGAAGCAAUUGGGAAGCAUGGUGGGUAAGGCCUCCAUUGAAGAUGUAAUGAAGGUUUUAUUAGCUUCAAGAAAGCAAGAAAUGCAUCAACUUUGGUCCACUUGUUCUAACCUUGUGUCUCAAUCCGGCCUCCCGCCGGAGGUGCUUGCCAAACAUUUACCGAUUGAUGUGGUGGCUAAAAUAGAAGAAUUACGGCUGAAAUCCUCCAUGGCCCGCCGUUCUCUAAUCCCCCACCACCACCACCACCAUCACCACCAUGAUUUAUCGGUUGCCGCCGACGUCGAAGAUCAAAAGAUUCGUCGUAUGAGAAGGGCCUUAGACUCCUCCGACGUUGAGCUUGUUAAGCUCAUGGUCAUGGGUGAAGGGUUGAAUCUUGAUGAAGCUUUGGCCUUACAUUAUGCUGUGGAGAAUUGCAGCCGGGAAGUUGUCAAGGCUUUGCUUGAGCUUGGCGCUGCCGACGUUAACUACCCCGCUGGUCCGACAGGCAAAACCUCGCUCCAUAUGGCGGCGGAAAUGGUGUCGCCCGACAUGGUUGCUGUCUUACUCGAUCAUCAUGCCGACCCGAAUGUCCAAACGGUCGAUGGUGUCACACCGUUGGAUAUCCUAAGAACCCUAACUUCGGACUUCCUUUUCAAAGGCGCUGUCCCUGGACUAACCCACAUCGAACCGAACAAGCUUAGGCUCUGCCUCGAGCUCGUUCAGUCCGCUGCAUUGGUUCUAUCUCGAGAAGAAGGAAAUGUCAAUGCCAAUGCCAAUGUUAAUAUCAAUGAUGUUUCAUCGUCUCCAAUAUAUCCACCGAUUAGCGACGAUCACAGUAGUAGCAGCAACAGCAAUAACAUCAGCAAUCUGAAUCUCGAUUCUAGAUUGGUUUAUCUGAAUCUCGGGGCAUCAGUAUCGGUUCGAGAAGAUGAUCACAGGCAUGGAUCACAAGGAGGCUGUGUCCCAACAAUGUAUCAUCAUUCCCACGACUUUUAAUGUAAGCAAAAUCAAAAUCUUUUUAUAUAAAAUUCACAUAUAUCAUCUA